CUUCUGUCUGCCGCUUCUUGUUGGUUCUCCUCCUCCGUGAGUUCAUCUGUUCUGUUUCUCUAAAAAAAAAACCACACACAACGUUAAACUGUGUAUGACUUUGGACUGUCUGACGAUCUACGGUGAUAAUUCGACCUUCUCUUCUGGCUGAUGUACUUCUCUGGCUUACUUUUGACCCGGAACAGCCCUGACUACCCGCUUGCGCGCCCCGUUAUGGCUGAGGAAAAGAAGUCCUUCAAAAGGUGUGAUGGCUGUAAAGCCAAACUCCCUUCUAAGGACUUGCAUGAUUUGUGUUUACUAUGCUUGGGAGGAGAACACAAUGUCUCCACCUGCCGAAUAUGCCUAUCUUUGUCUAAACAAACACGCAAGAAUAGAGCGCUUCGCCUGAGGGCUGCCAUUUACGACGCUGUCUUGAGCCCUUCGACACCGGGCAAGACGCAUUCGUCUGCUUUGACAUCAAAGUCGCCAGCAAAAUCUGCUAUGGCGUCUCCCUCGACAUCGACCUCUCAUUGGUCAAAAUCUACAAAAUCGAUCCCGGGAACACCGGCCCGCUCGGCGUUGACGCCUCCUUCGACAUCGAGACCGACACUGAUACCGUCGAAGCCCCUUUCCAAGCACUCUCUCUCAGCAUCGAAGCAUCUGAAAUCUAAACACCGCACCCCGUCCCCUAGAUCCCCUCCUUCGAAACACCAGAGAACUGUCGACCGGGCACACACCCCGUUGCAUCCUCCAACUUUGCAUGCACUUGGAACGUUGUCCCGCUCCCCGGCAUCGGACCUGAUACCGAGCACUUCGACAGCGACGGCAACACACCCUCCGAUACUGUUCUCUUCGAUAUCGCGGGCUAGAUCACUGUCUCCUGCAAGGACGCCGAUAGCCUCUUCGGCUCCAGCAUCUCCAUGACCUCAACAUACUAUGCCGCUGGCAUCGGCUCUCCACACCCCUAGAGUUUCGAUGUCGACAGGAGUGUCUCCUAGCUGUCCGACCCAGUUACCUACCAUCGACAUCGAUGACGAUACGACUCGUACCAAUGCCACUACGGCAUUGGACCCUUCAGCUGAACAAACUUUACUGUUGAUGUUGGAUUCCACC